AUGACUGUAGAUAAUGCAAGUUCAAAUGACGUUGCAAUUGCCUACAUAAAAAGAAAAGUUUCAAAUUGGAGAAAAGACAUUUGUGGAGGCAAAUUUUUGCACAUGAGGUGCAUUGCACAUAUAAUUAACCUAGUUGUGCAAGAUGGUUUGAAAGAAAUGGGGGAUUCAGUUGCUUGUGUUAGAGACGCAGUCAGAUAUGUUAGGCAUUCACCUGCUAGGUUGAACAAUUUCAAGCGUUGCGUAGAAGUAAAAAAAGUAGAAUGCAAAAAGAUGUUAUGCCUAGAUGUUAGGACUCGAUGGAAUUCUACUUAUUUGAUGCUAGACACAGCUCAAAGAUAUGAAAUGGCUUUUGAAAGGUUUAGGGAUGAAGAUCCUUCAUUUAGAAUUGAGCUUGAGACUAGGGAUGGCAUACCAAGUAGUUUUGAUUGGGAACAAGUUAGAAAAUUUGUGAUGUUUUUGGAACACUUCUAUGAACUCACUAUACGAGUUUCAGGUUCUUUACGUAAGUUGGGAUUUGUGCAAUAUGCUCUUUCUACUAUGUAUGAAGGCGACAAAGGUUUAUUGGUGGGGAAAAAGGUUCAGGAUACAACAAUGGAAUUGUUUGCUGAGUAUAAAAAGUUGUCACAAUCUAAAAAUGAAGAAUCAAAUAGAAGUGAAACUUCAAGCUCGACUUGCUCCACUGGUCAAGAUGAAGCAGCAGAUCGAAAGUUCAAAGUUUUGUAUCAAAAGUACAAGACUCAAAUUGGAGGUGGAGAUAAUAAAUCAGAGUUGGAUAGGUAUUUGGGGGAGGAUUGUGAAAAGGACGGGGAGGGUUUUGAUAUUUUGGAGUGGUGGAGAUUAAAUAGUCAAAGGUUUCCCGUCCUUUCACAUAUGGUUCGUGAUGUUUUAGCAGUACCCAUCUCUACAGUUGCUUCAGAGUCUGCUUUUAGCACAGGGGGGCGUGUUCUCGAUGCCUUUAGGAGUUCUUUGACUCCUAAAAUUGUUCAAGCUCUUAUCUGUACACAAGAUUGGAUUCGGGGUUCACAUACUCCAAUUAAGGUCGAAGAAGACAUAGAUGACCUUGAAAAUCUUGAAAAAGGUCCUUUGAAGCUUCAUCUGGCCAUACCUGAUUAUCACCUUUGGUCAUUUAAAAGAGGUAGAGAUGCAGGAGCUGCAAAAGAAGAGAUUUUACCAGACCAGCAGCCGGAGAAGUGCUCGGGGCCCUGGUGGUGCUGUCGUGAAGAGUUGCAGGGGCUGGAGUGUAGCCGGCUAGAAGGAAUGGUGGUCGGAUGGUUUUGUGGACUGGGAGGAAGACAAGGGGCUGAUGGUGGUCGUGAAUGCAGAGCUUGA